UUGAGUGCCUCUUCCGAUGGCAGAUGGCAAACAGUAGCUAUGGAGGAGGCGUGGCAGGUCAAAUGCAGCUCCGGCUGGCCGGUGCGGCCGGCGCUGCCGGCGUCGGUGGCCUCGUCCAAUCAGAUUAAUAUGAACGCACAACAAUUUCAUCAUCCCUCAGUGAUGCAAGUUACUAAUCUGCGGGGCAGUCAAAUGUUACAAGAGCCAGUGCUUCCGUAUUCUUUUAACGCAGAUUUGAGCAAAUCUGGUAACUCGGAGGCCGCCAAUUCAUUUCUUGCUCUUUUGUCCGGUAAUUCAAAUCAUUUAUCAGGUGAACUUUUGCACUCUCCUAUUCCAAGGUCAGAGCUGGCCAAGCUUCCUGUUCCUAACGGUGAUGCCUUGGGACAGUCUACAAGUCUCAGUUUCUCAGCAAAUUGCAUUUCACCCUUAUCAAAAUUCCAUUGCAAUGAUUCUAUCUUUAAUGGAGAUCUUUCUUCUUUUAUUGCAUCUCGGCCGGUAUUCUCAAGUAACUCCAAAGCCUCCGAUAUGGAUAAAGUCCUUCAACCACCCUGUUCUCAUUCUCAUAUUUUAGGUCCCAAAAUUGCUAUCAGACGCUCUUCUGAAGAUAUCACUAGAGGCACAGGAGUGUCCUCAAAGAGAUGUGGCUCACCUCCUCUAAAUAGCUAUGGCAUUCUACAUCAGAAUAACCAGACAUCUCAAAAUUCGCCAUCAGAUGCUAAUGUUCAUGGCCUUAUUCCUCCCUCAAGCUUUUUUAUAGGACGUCCACGCGUGUUGUGCAUGAAUACUACUGGAGAGCUCUUUCUUAAUGAAAUGGGACUACUAGGAAUUUUGUGCUCUUGUCAUUGUUUGCCUAUGUCCGUGGCAAAAUUUUGUCAGCAUUCCGGCUUGUCUUCAUCAAACCCGAGUGAGGUUGUAAGGAUGGAAAGUGGCAUGACUCUUGCACAAUGGUGCAAAAUGUGCUUUGGGAAUCGGGCUUCAGGUGAUCUCAGAGGAUCGGAACAGCCAAAAGAUUCCUCAGUGGAACGGUCUUCUUUUGGAUCUAAAUAUCCUGAAACAAUCAACUCAGAGGCAUUUGAUGGGCUAGGAAGAUCCGGAGAGCUUAGGAAGAAUCUAUAUGCUCAUCAUCCUAAUUUGGUGGGACAUGCUUCUAUGGAAAAUCCAGUGAAAAAUGAUUUGAAUUACGAUCAUGAAAAGAGAAACUUAGUGGUCAAUGGUCUUCAUCGAACAGGCCUUACGGAUUUAGCACGAGUUUACAUGCCAGUGAUAUCCGAGAGCAAUAAUUUACAUUCCAUAAAGGCGACUCCCGAAUUCGUGAACAUGAAUACGCGACAUUCAACUCCAAAUGGACAAGUGCAAAAUGUUGUUUCUCAACUAUUAUCUAAUAAUCUUAAAUUCAGACCGAACUCUGGAAAAACAUCUGUUUCCUACGCAUCCGGAGGGCCUAAGAAAAUUUUCCGCCAUGACAAGAACGUUAGUACCCGACCUAACACAUCAAAUGAAACAUUUGUUGUAGUUGGGGAUGGAUCUGAUCUGAGGCUGGGGCAACCAACUCAGCAUAAGCAUUCUUCUUUAUGUUCCUUUUCAACGGCAAUGAAUUUACCAUUACAGGAAGCAUGCAGGUCCCCAAAGGUCCAGCAACAAAACCAACCAUCUGAUAAAAGUAAUUUGCCUGUUGAUUGUGCCAGGGAAGUAAAGAGAGCAAGGCUGAAUCAGCCAUAUACUCCUGUAGAAGGAUCAUCCUCAGAUAGAAGACCGGCACAUAUUGAAUGUCGAACUGCCACUUGUCUACACAACUCUGAGUCAGAAGACCUUCUGACCUAUGCUAAUAAGGAUUCAUCAAUCUCAUUGUUUCUCUCACACCUAAGUGGAGGAACUGGCUUAGUUGACACUUCUAGCAAAGCUCAUGAUGGAAUAAGUAAUAUGACGGGUUCUAUUCAUUAUGAUUUGCUAUCUUCUAGAGAAAACAUUUCUCUAUGUGCUAGAAAUGAAGUUGGUGAAGCUGGUAUGGUAUCUUCGUUCAAUGAGUUCGAUAAUUUUAAUGAUAAAGGAAACCCUUCGAAUGUUAUCACUGAUUGUAGCAAUAUGGUGGGGAAUAAUGGUGCAAAUAGUAAGCAGAUUGAAGAUAGAAGUAGUUCACCUUUUAUUAGUGGGAAAUGCCUUCACCCUUGUCCUGUGGGCAUGGGAAAGUCGUCUUUGUUUUCUAGUCAGCUACAAAGAAGAAUACACAAGGGACCUGAUGCCAAGAACUCAAAUAAACAGGGAAACUUGUAUAUCCUUGAAAAUGGGUGUCAUCAUAAGCGUUUUGUUCAUGGUUCUGAGAUUCAAGCCUCCCAUUGGACAGGUUUAUGUUGUCCAGAUUCAAAAUCCCCAAUAACUCGGGCAUCUUCUAACUCCAAUUAUAUUUCAGAAACAAGUUGCUUGUCAUGUAAAUAUGACAAAAAUUUUUCAGACCAAUUGAUAAAUGGAGAUAUAAGGCUAUUGACUUCUGCAAGGCAUGAAAACUUGAUGGCUAAACACGAACCAUUAAGCAGAUCAUUUAAGAUGAAACAACAUGGAAAACUUUGCUGUCUCUCACCUAUGGAACCCCACCGGAAUUCAUGCGCAAAUGACUUGGUGGAACGGAAGGAUAUAACUUAUUGUAACAUUCAUCAGAAUGCGUCAGACUUGCAUUCAUUGCCUAGUUGUUACUGUAAUAAUCAUGGGGCUUCGCUUUGCAAAUGUGGUUCUGCGGCUUCAUACAAAUACUGCAAUUGUGCAGCUUCAACCCAAAGCACCACUCCAUGUUCAACGUUUUCAUCUUAUCAUGUUUGUGGUACUGAUAGCCAUAUUUGCUUUAGACCAAGGGAUAUCUUGAUUGAUACAUCUUUAGAUAAUGUUCAGCAUGAAAUGCGUAUCUGUAAGGCAGGAAAUCUUCCCGUCUCUGGAAAUUGUUGUUGUGCUACAAUCUCCAAGUGCAAGACGGGUUAUUGUUUUGGUGAGGCUGUAUGCGCUGCUGAUACCAUUAAUGACCCCAAUGUUAAUGGAACGUUGAAGCACGUAAAUCCAACUUUUGAUCAGGAUUCCGCAUUUGAGAAAGAAAAAACAGUUGAAUUAGAUCAAUGUGCAUGCUUUAAGAAAAGGAUUGUCAUGCAAAACAACUGCCAGACUGGUUUCCGGAGGGUUGUUUCCGGUAAGAUCAUAGGAUAUUCUACUGCUACUUCUGACAAUCAUGGAAGGACCUCUGAGGUCCCUCGAGUAAACAGACAAACAAAGACUGCAUCUAAGAAGUCAGAUGCAACUUUCAAGGCAUCCACGUCCUUGGAUGAGCAACAGUUGUCCAAUCGUUCUGGAUCUUCAGCUCCAGCGAUUACUGAAGUUUCAGUUGAAGUCAACAAGAAAGAUGCCCAGUUUUCAAAUGUUAAAACCACCAUGAUUUUAAAUAAUUCUGAGUUUGAUGAAGGAUCAGCAAUUGAGAAAUGCAGUUCCUCUGAUGAAAUGCUAGACGCUGGAAAAUGUAAAGAAGUUCCUGAUACCUGUUGCAAGGUUUCAGGUAAUAACACUGGGCCUGACUGCAUGUCGAGCCAUUCAUCCAUUAACAAUAUGGAUGAGCUUAAAUUUAGAUACGCAUCCAAUCAAAAGAAUGUUAGAAAUAAAAUUACUACUAGAUGUACAGAUCAAGAAAAUAAUUGUCAGAGACAGCAGUUAACUAACAUUUGGAAACUAGGGAGUAGAAAGGAAUCUCCUAAAGCUUACAAGUUGGAGAAAACAGUUUCUAAAUCAGUUUCCCAUUUUGCACAUUCAGAGCCUCUCGACUCUAUUGAUGAAGCAAAGCAUCUCCUAUCAUCAACACGGGAUGGUGUCUCUAUGCAACCUGACAAUGUUGUGGAAGGCACAGGCAUGGUUUCUAGUGGAUCCUCGAACGUCAAGCGCAAGAGAUCUGAUUUCACCUCCUCCAAGUUCAUAUCUUUGAAUAAGUUUGAGAACCAUAAUUUUCAGUUGAAAAAUGGUAAAAAUCCUUCUGAAGAAUUAGAAUUUUCUUUUGCAAUGGCGGAGAAAGAUAAUUUUACUGUACAUGGGAAAAGGCAUUUCUAUCAGAGUUUGAAUCAUCUAACUGGUGAAAGACCACCCAAGUACAUGUCACUAAGUUGUAUAGUGGACUCUAGGAACCAUGCAACAGAAGAUUCUACCAUAAGCAAAAGGCCAGUUGUUUGUGGAAAUUCUGGUAUCAUUUCUGGGGGUGCGUUGAAUGCUCCACAAAAACCUGCGAAAAUAGUUCCGCUUAACUUAAUUCUUAAAAAGGCUAGAAGAUGCAAGAGUUACUGGGAAGUUGAGCCUAAAACAUAUCGAUUGUCAAAAUUGGAAUGUACUGAUGCAAAAGACCAGCAAUGCAGUGAGUUAUCGACUUGCAAAUCACCGAAUGACAGUGGGAAUCCAUACAUUGGCAAACUUUUCAUGUCAGGUACGGAAUCUCAUGUGUUGAAUUUAGGUUUCGGGAAGGCUAUAAAAGAUACAUGGUAUGCUAGCAUGAUAUCUAGAAGCAAUUCUGUGAAUAAUAAAGUUGAUACUGGCGAGCAAUUGCAAACGAACAGAAGAAGGAGUGAGCCCUUUCCAGUUGACGCAGAAGCAUUGUGUUGUGUUUGUGGAGGUUCAAACAAAGAAGCAAUGAAUUGCUUGUUGGAAUGCAACCGAUGCAUGAUUAGAGUGCACCAGGCCUGCUAUGGUAUUUCCAAAUUUCCAAAGGACCUUUGGUAUUGCAGACCUUGCAAGUCGAACUCUCAGAACAUUGCUUGUGUUCUGUGUGGCUAUGAUGGAGGUGCAAUGACACGGGCACUGAGAAGUUCAAAUAUUGUGAAAAGUCUAUUAAAAGUCUGGAAAGUUACUGUUGGAUCCACUUCAAGAAAAAUAGUUUGGCCAUUUGAAAGUAUGAAGGAUGGAGUUUUGAAUCCAAGUUCGCUAGAACUAGAUGAAGCUGAAUAUGAUGAAUAUUCUUUUUUUCCAUCUGUUGGGUUUAGAAGCUUUGAAGCCUUUCCAGGCGCUGCUGCUGACAUAGAUGAGCACGACCAGAAGAAUACUACUGAAGAGACUGAUGGUUUUGCAGACAAAAUUAAUGUCAAUAAUAGUAUUAUUGAAGGAGCUUUUGAUCCAUCUGUUACGCAAUGGGUGCAUGUAGUUUGUGGGCUAUGGACUCCUGGUACACGAUGCCCAAAUGUUGGCAAAAUGAACGCUUUUGAUGUUUGUGGUGCUCAACCUGCCAUUCAAGAUAUUGUUUGCUCUCUUUGUGGCCGUCAUGGGGGUUCGUGCAUUAAGUGCAGAGUUUCAAAUUGCUCUAUCCAUUUCCAUCCUUGGUGUGCUCACCAGAAAGGUUUACUGCAAAGUGAGCUUGAAGGAGAAGAUAAUGAAAAGGUUGGCUUCUAUGGAAAUUGUAUACUGCAUGCCAGAAAUAAUUAUCAUCAUACUGAUAGUCAACCUAUGAAUGUGAAAGCACCAAAUCCUAGAAUAAAGGAGUGGGCUUGUGCUCGUACAGAGGGAUUUAGAGGCCGUGAUAGAUGCUUCAUUCUCAACUAUCGGAAGUCAUUCCCUGAUGGUGAUGGUUGCAUUGUGUCUCAAGUGCAGAUAAAUGCAUGGCUUCAUAUCAAUGGGCAGAAAUCAUGCAUGCGAGGUGUAAAAUCAGAAUGUUCUGAUGUUGAGUAUGAUCUUCGGAAAGAAUAUAUUAGAUACAAAUUGUCAAAAGGGUGGAAGCGUUUGGUUGUGUACAAGUCUGGCAUUCAUGCUCUUGGUCUUUAUACAUCUCAAUUCAUAGCUCGAGGAGCUAUGGUAGUUGAGUAUGUGGGUGAGAUUGUAGGACUUAGAGUUGCAGAUAAACGAGAAAUUGAGUACCAGUCGGGAAGGCGGCUACAAUGCAAAAGUGCAUGUUACUUCUUUAGGAUUGAUAAGGAGCAUAUUAUAGAUGCUACUCGGAAAGGGGGCAUUGCUCGAUUUGUCAACCACUCAUGUCUGCCAAAUUGCGUUGCCAAAAUAAUAUCCAUCAAGAAUGAGAAGAAGGUUGUGUUUUUUGCUGAAAGGGAUAUUAACCCUGGGGAGGAGAUUACUUAUGACUACCAUUUCAACCGGGAGGAUGAAGGUAAGAAAAUUCCUUGUUUCUGCAAUUCAAAAAAUUGUAGGAGGUAUCUAAACUAGGAAGCUUUUCUCCGGAAUUCAGAAUCUCGUUAGGCUCAUUGGUUCUAACUCUGUUCUUGAGAAGUUGUGCCAGUUUGAUUUUAAUGAGGUUUUCCUGCUAAAUUUGAAAAGACCGUUUAAGCGUCAAUUGAAUUUUUCGCAAAAAAUGGUAAUGUACCUGUAUAAUAUCAUUGCAACAUAAAUAAGAUUGCUGUGAUGAGGUUGGUUUUA